ACAGCCUCAAUCACUUAUUCCAUUGGGAAAGACGGAGCUGGAGCUGUAUAUCAAAAGCAACGCAAGCAGGAGCAACACGGACCCACGGAACCAAAAUAAUGGCUUGGAUUUUAUACUAUACAGCGUCUGUUCUCUUUGGAAUUGUCACUUUGACUUCUACGGCGCGGAUUUAUCCGUCUAACGAAGUUACGUUACUGGACUCCAGAUCUGUACAAGGGGAACUAGGAUGGGUAGCAAGUCCUACAGAAGGAGGGUGGGAAGAAGUAAGCAUCAUGGAUGAGAAAAACACACCCAUUCGAACGUACCAAGUGUGCAAUGUUAUGGAACCCAAUCAGAAUAACUGGCUUCGAACUGACUGGAUACCCCGAGGUGGGGCACAGAGAGUGUAUAUUGAAAUAAAGUUUACACUUCGGGACUGUAACAGUUUGCCCGGUGUCAUGGGAACCUGCAAGGAGACCUUUAACCUUUAUUAUUAUGAGUCCAAUAAUGACAAAGAACGUUACAUCCGGGAGAACCAAUUUGGAAAGAUUGACACCAUUGCUGCAGAUGAGAGCUUCACCCAGGUGGAUAUUGGAGACAGGAUCAUGAAGUUGAACACUGAAGUGCGAGAUGUAGGACCACUGACCAGGAAGGGUUUUUAUUUGGCCUUUCAAGAUGUGGGAGCUUGCAUCGCCUUGGUCUCUGUUCGGGUGUUUUACAAGAAGUGCCCUCUGACUGUCCGAAACUUGGCUCAAUUCCCUGACACCAUCACUGGAGCUGACACUUCCUCAUUGGUGGAAGUGCGUGGCUCCUGUGUUAACAACUCCGAGGAAAAAGACGUGCCAAAGAUGUACUGUGGUGCAGAUGGCGAAUGGCUAGUUCCUAUCGGAAAUUGUUUGUGUAAUCCUGGCUACGAGGAACGCAAUGGAGAGUGCCAGGCCUGUAAAAGUGGAUACUACCGAGCCCUGUCCACCGACUCUGGCUGUUCAAAGUGUCCAUUGCACAGUUAUUCUAUUCGAGAAGGAUCUACAGCAUGCACUUGUGACAAGGGCUUCUUCAGGGCGGAAAGUGACCCUGCAUCCAUGCCCUGCACUAGGCCUCCUUCUGCACCACUGAACCUUAUCUCAAAUGUUAAUGAGACCUCAGUCAACUUGGAGUGGAGCACCCCUCAGUACACUGGUGGCCGUCCUGAUGUGACCUACAAUGUGGUCUGCAAGCGCUGUGGUCCAGACCAAUCUCGCUGCCGUCCUUGUGGGAGUGGUGUUCAGUUUAUUCCUCAGCAGGCUGGCCUCAAGAACACUAAGGUCUCCAUCACAGAUCUUCAAGCCCAUACCAACUACACCUUUGAAAUUUGGGCAGUGAAUGGUGUCUCCAAGCAAAAUCCCAGCCCUGAGCAAGCUGUCUCUGUUACUGUCACAACUAACCAAGCUGCUCCAUCCACGAUCAGUAAUAUUCAAGCCAAAGACAUAACAAGGCAUACCGUUUCACUUAUCUGGCCUGAGCCUGAGAGGCCUAAUGGUGUCAUCCUAGAAUAUGAAGUCAAGUAUUAUGAAAAGGAUCAGAAUGAGCGCAGCUAUCGAAUCAUCAAAACUUCAUUGCGGAGUACUGACAUAAAAGGUCUCAAUCCCCUGACCUCUUACAUGUUUCACGUUCGUGCUCGAACUGCAGCAGGCUACGGAGAGUUCAGCGGGCCAUUUGAAUUUAUGACCAACUCAGUGCCCUCUGCAAUCAUUGGAGAUGGUGCCAAUCCCACAGUGCUGUUGGUUUCAGUUGCUGGAAGUGCUGCAUUGCUAGUCAUUCUCAUUGCCGCUUUUAUAAUCAGCAGAAGACGCAGCAAAUACAGCAAAGCAAAGCAAGAAUCUGAUGAAGAGAAGCAUUUGCACCAAGGUGUGAGAACGUAUGUAGAUCCCUUCACCUAUGAAGACCCCAACCAGGCUGUCCGUGAGUUUGCCAAGGAAAUUGAUGCUUCUUGCAUAAAGAUUGAAAAAGUAAUAGGUGUGGGUGAAUUUGGAGAAGUAUGCAGUGGACGGCUGAAGAUGCCAGGCAAAAGAGAGAUAUGUGUGGCCAUCAAGACGCUAAAGGCUGGCUACACAGAAAAGCAGAGGCGUGACUUCUUGAGUGAGGCCAGCAUCAUGGGGCAAUUUGAUCAUCCAAAUAUAAUCCACCUGGAGGGUGUAGUGACAAAAUGUAAACCUGUAAUGAUUAUAACAGAAUACAUGGAGAAUGGCUCUUUGGAUGCAUUUCUCAGAAAAAAUGAUGGAAGGUUCACUGUCAUCCAGCUCGUUGGAAUCCUACGUGGAAUUGCAUCAGGAAUGAAGUAUCUCUCAGACAUGAGCUAUGUCCACCGGGAUCUUGCUGCUAGAAAUAUUCUUGUUAACAGUAACUUAGUUUGCAAAGUUUCUGAUUUUGGGAUGUCCAGAGUGCUAGAGGAUGAUCCAGAAGCAGCAUAUACCACUCGGGGUGGCAAAAUUCCAAUUCGAUGGACUGCACCUGAAGCCAUUGCCUAUCGUAAAUUUACUUCCUCGAGUGACGUUUGGAGUUAUGGAAUUGUGAUGUGGGAGGUGAUGUCCUAUGGGGAGAGGCCGUACUGGGAUAUGUCCAAUCAAGACGUAAUUAAAGCAAUAGAGGAAGGCUACCGUCUCCCUCCCCCCAUGGACUGCCCCGUGGCUUUACAUCAACUGAUGUUGGAUUGCUGGCAGAAGGAGCGAAGUGAUAGACCUAAGUUUGGGCAAAUUGUCAACAUGCUGGACAAACUGAUCCGCAACCCUAAUAGCCUGAAGAGGACGGGUGCCGAGAACACAAGGCCGAACACAACUCUUCUCGACCCCAGCAGUCCUGAAUUUUCUUCAGUAGGCACUGUGGCAGAAUGGCUGCAGGCUAUCAGCAUGGAAAGGUAUCAAGACAACUUCACGGCAGCCGGGUACACUAGUCUAGAGGCUGUGGUGCUAAUGAACCAAGAUGACCUGGCCAGAAUUGGAAUCACGGCGGCAACACAACAGAGCAUGAUUCUGAAUAGCGUUCAAGGAAUGAGGAGCCAAAUGCAACAGAUGCAAGGCCGGAUGGUUCCUGUUUGAACUGCUGCUGAAAAAACUCAAAACUCUCUCAAGAAAAUAAUAAUAUUAAAAAGAAAAAAAAUUAGUUUACCUCAUCCAUGCACUUUAAAUUGAAUAUCAAAAGAAAGGAUAUGGCACUUUUAACUCUUCACCUUGGCCCUUUGAAUUACGAGGAUUUUUUUUUAAUCUCUCUGCCUGAUGGGCAAGCAAAUGGAGGUUUCUCCUUCAAGGGCCACAGCGCUGGGUGAACCUACAGCUUAAUGGUGGAAGCAGGGACAGCAUUCUCGUCAGCUUGUCGUUGUGUUUUGGUGAACCAACCAUGAACAUUAUUUGUAAAUGUUUAUUUCUGCUUUGCUGCCAUACGUUGUGUUUCACAGAACUUUAAAACACGAUUGAUUUUUUUUAUUUUUCUUAUUUGGAACAGAAGCUCCAGCACGUUUCUAGAAUGAAAAGCAUUUCCUCAGGACAUUCAGAAAAGUCUUACCGCCUGGCUUCAAGUCCUUUGCCGUUUUCCCUGUGGUGGAGUUGGAUUAACUUGGCUUAUGGAAUGUAAUAAAACAAAAAAAAAAAACUCUUUAUAGACAGAAAGAGAAGCUUGAAACAUGUGGGAAGCAGCCGGGUACCCUUUGUGAAAGAACAUUUGUUGGACAUCACAAAGGUCAAAGCCAUCCAUCUGCUUGUGGCCUGCACGUUCAAACCCCUGCUGACUGGAUAGCUUGGCACUGAAAUCGCAAAGUACCGUCCUUAUUAUAAGAUGAGAAGGUGAGCUCUAGGGCAUCCUGUACACUUUUCACGCACACCAUAGGCAUACGGAGAGAAGGUACACCCAACAUUUAGGUGAAGUACACCUAUUUUGAAAAAGAAAACUCCCUAGGAAAUUAGUGGUGGUAGCCACACCCAGCAUCUUGACCUCGGAGGUCAGAUGAAAUGUUAACUGUUAAAAUUGUCUUUCUCGAUUUGAUUUUUUUCAAGAAUCUCUAAAAUAUGUGAAUGGUGAGUUUAUGUCAGGUAACUGAUAGGUACGGGAAUGAACACCUGCUCUAACAGACUGCAUUUAGUGGGUUGGUCACUUCUCUGAUCUGCUGUCCAGUCAGUAACUCUUCUUUGACUGUCCCUUUAACCUCAGAACAGUUUGCACUCAAAGAGUGCAUCUUAUACUGAUUCUGUUUUCGACGGGCUUCCCACUUUGUUUUUGCAGUACACACACUGAAGGCCACAGAAACUCAAAGGUCUUCAGCACAUUGUCUACUAAAACUGGGACUUGUCAGGAUUCCUCAUUGGAUGGAGUACCCCCUACUUCACAUCCCGAGGGAUGUUGGGAAAAGGCUGCAAGUGAUGAGGGUGCGUUAGAGCAGUUUCCAUGAGAAAUACGUUUGUAAAGUAGUGUGUACAGAAUAGAUUUUUGAAUUACUGAUUAUUUUUACUGGAACCAUUAAUAUUUAUGCAGUGUUUAAUACACAAUCUCCAGAGAAGCCAAUAAUGAAUAAUAUUUGAUAUCAUGUAAUGUACAUUCUUUUGUUAUAUUGUUUUGUGGAAUUCAAAAGCAAAAAGUUUAUUUAUUCUUUGACAACACUUGUCUUUGCAUUUGAGUAAUGGUACAGAAUGAAGAAAAAAAUGUUUGGUUCUUUUUACAGAAAGCGAUACAUGUAUUUUAUUAUUUUAUUAUUUUUUGUACAGGUCCAUAAUUUCAUUUACACCAAGGCUCUCGUUCAUGAAGUGUAAAAAAAAAAAAAUGUACGACAGCCAUUGAGUCUGUUAUUUUUUAAAAACAGAUGAAUAAAGAGUUGGAGUCCUUUAUUUAGAUGUUUUUGGUUUUUUUAUAUGCAUUUUGUUUAUUUAAAGUAGAGAGUAAUAAACACACGGCAUAAAUGAUAAUUUUAAGAGGAAAAGACAGAUGGUUGCAAAUGCACUAGAAACCAAAUUACUCAAACUCUGUUUUAUAUAAUGCUUUUCACAGUAAGCAACAUCAUGUUUUUUUCCAAAAAGAAAAAUUCAAUCAAAUUAUUUUAAAAGGCCUUUAUUUUUUAUAGCACCUUUCACAGUCCAUGCAAUAUCAUUAUUUUGGUGCAUUAUUAUGGUGAUUAAUGAAUGUCAACCAAAAGAGCACUCUUUUGCAUUAUUUAUUAAUAAUAAUAAUUAUUAUUAAUUGCAUUUAUAUGGCACUUUCCUUGCUUCUCAAAGCGUUUUAUAUAGAUAGGGUAAUCAUUUCAACUACCGCAAGUGUGCAGCACCACUUGGAUGAUACAGCAACAGCAGCCAUUAAUCCACUAAUACAUUCACCACACAUUGUCUACUGGAUGAUGAAGGGAUUAAAGAGAGCAAAGUAGAGACAAGGGAUGAUUAGGGGGCCAGAAUAGACAAUGGCCAGUGUAGCCAGGACAUUGUUGGAAACCCUAUUCUUUUUGAAUGAUGCCCAGGCAUCUUUUAUGACCACAGAGAGUCAGGAUGUCGAUUAUGAAACUUGUCCAAAGGACUGUGCCAAAUGUAAAGCACAGUGUCUCCAUUACUGCACUGGGGCAUUGGGAUCCACACACAGAUCACAGGGUAAGCACCCCCUAGCGGCAUCACUAACACCUCUUCCAGCAGUGACCCUAGCUUUCGUACAUGAUCCCCCAUCCAAGUACUGGCCGGGCCUGAUCACUCUUAGCAGCAGGUGGUUGACCAGUUCUGAAGCGCGGAUGAUUUGGCUGCUAAUAGAGUGUUUCUACACAACCAGUUAACAGAAAUGAACAAAUACAUUGAAUAAUAUACUUUAAUUCAAAUUGUAUUUUAUAUAGUAAGUACUUUGAGCAUGAGACGGGGUGCUAUAUAAAUAAAAUGUAUUAUUAUUAUAGUGCCUUUAGUAGAAAAUCUAUUGCAUAAUUUCAUGAGAGAAUAUCUAGAAGCAAAUUAGACAAACUGUUAACCAUUUUUAAUUCUGUUUACCACUCAUUACAGCAGGCAACCUACAAAACUACCAAGAGCUAAUUUAUCCAAAAUAUUUUGAUUGCUCAUUCUCUAUUAAAUAGUGCCAUACAUAUUCUGGCACAAGGCACUUUACAAAAUGUAGAAGACAAACUUUUACUUGAAAGAUGUGAUUUUUUUUUUUUUUCCAUGCGUCUUCAUUUUCUGUAUUUCAAUGGCAAUGUGACAUAAUAAAUAAGGUUGAAUUUGUGGGCUCAAAUCCCACUACUGA